CCAUGGCAUACGUUUCAGGCAGCGAAAACCCGCAUCGGUCGCAUUCACCAUCAGCUACGUUCACACGGCUGUAGUACAAGGCGUUACCAUCACUCCACUUACGAGUUCAAUACUCAUUUCCAACAAGACAUUAGCGAAGGCAAAAGCUAAGGAUCGUCAAAGGCCUGUUGCAUCGGGUCUGCCGUUGAAUGAGCGACGUUUGCCACCAGGUUGAAUGAGCGACGUCUGCCACCCGGUCUGACGGAGCUGGGUGACGUGUGGCGGGUGAGGGCGGGUCAGUGUGUUGCUGGUGGCGUGCGGGUGAGGGGACUCCCGCUGUUUCUUGUCUUUCCGGCCUCAGCUACAUCAUUCUCAGAUGGCAGUGUCACAAGAUAACCGCUGGCAGAAGGAUGCCGCCGAUCAGAACUUCGAUUACAUGUUCAAACUCCUGAUCAUCGGCAACUCGUCCGUGGGCAAGACGUCCUUCCUCUUCCGUUACGCCGACGACUCCUUCACCUCGGCCUUCGUCAGUACUGUAGGAAUAGACUUCAAGGUGAAGACGGUCUUUCGGAAUGACAAGAGAGUCAAACUUCAAAUUUGGGACACAGCCGGGCAGGAGCGGUACAGGACGAUCACAACGGCGUACUACAGGGGCGCCAUGGGUUUCAUCCUUAUGUACGACGUGACUAACGAGGAGUCUUUCAACAGUGUCCAAGACUGGUGCACACAAAUAAAGACCUAUUCCUGGGACAAUGCUCAGGUCAUCCUCGUGGGUAACAAAUGUGAUAUGGAGGACGAGCGUGUCAUCUCUUACGAAAGGGGCAAGCAGCUCGCCGACCAGCUUGGGCUCGAGUUUUACGAGACCUCAGCAAAGGAAAACAUCAAUGUCAAGGCUGUGUUUGAGCGCUUGGUGGAUAUUAUUUGUGACAAGAUGUCUGAAAGUCUGGAUACGGACCCCAAUUUGGUGAAUGCAAACAAGGGGACAAGGCUCACGGAGAAUCCCCAACCACAAAACGGCUCCUGUCAGUGCUAACACCCAGGGGUACUCUAAUUACCCUCUGCUUGUCCCUACCCUCCUGCUCGUACCCACUUAAUGCACUACAUGCCCACGGAUAGACCCAGACCAUUCCUACUCCCGACCAAUUACAAGCAGCCACUACAAGGUCACUGAACGAGUGGUUAUCUACGUAGCGCGCCCUAUGGCACCUUCCAAUGUCCUGCUGCGGAACUGUUAUGUCAUGAUGGGUAAUAAUGCUGCAGGAACUGGAAUAAAAGAGCAUCUUUAUUUGAGACCAAUAGUUGCUGUUAAGUCCACAUGUAAAUGAAGAUAUAUUUCUAGAGGCACGAAUAAGAAUUAGCACAAUAAUGCUCCCUGGGUUUAACAUUGUAUAGGUCAACCCAUGUUGGCCGACAUGUGUCCAAGAGCAAUCAAUUAGGAUUUUUUGAGACUGAAUGGAAUAGAAUCAGUAAGAUUAAUGUAAAUACCUAUUACUUUUGUCUCAUGUCACCUAUUCCUCAUUUAGCUAAAGUCUGAGAGGUUUUAAGGUUUGACCAAAAUCAGAUCCAUAUUAGGACACAAAAUGUAUGUGUAACUCAUGUAUUUAACAUGUCCUGUACUGGGCAAUUUUUGUGAAUACGGAAUGAUUAGUCAUUUGAAUACUAAUGAUAGUGUCCUUGUUUGCAUAGAUUAACAACAAGUUGUGAAUUAGAGCGUAGAUGCAAAUUAAGGCUGCAUUUGUAAUGCUUUGGACACAUCUUUUUUUUCUAAAUGUCACCAUAUCACAACAGUAAUUGUGAAUUUGGAGAUAAUAAAUGUGUUCCAAUAAAUAAUUUAAUCAUUUGACUCAAAGUAUCUACAAUUAUUGAAUGUACAGUCUAUAUUAAGAUCAAAUAGAUCAUCUCAACCAUUAUCUAUAUCUCUUUCUAUACCUUUUCAAAUGCCACAUUAUUUUCUGUCAUUGGUACUAAUCAAAUAAUAUACUGUAUUCACAUUUAACUUCCCACAUUUCUUGUCAAUUUAAGGAGACUUUGCUCCCGAGACCCUCAUUAAUUAUUUCUCAGCUGCAUCUUCAUCUAUUUGUGUUACAUUCUCUAUAGACAUUUAAUGAACUUUAGACUAGUAGUUAGAAACAUAAGAUGUAUACACAUGGUAAAUAAAACACAGUGAGUGCAUGAGUUCUACACAAAUAUACAAUUAUGAGCGGCAGAAUUUUUAAUUACCAAUAAAGGGCCUUGAUACAUUUUUGUGGAUUUUGGGGACAUAUCAUUUAAAUGAAUGAAAUAUAUUUAGUUAAGAAAUCAAUAUUCCCAACAAAAAAUGAUGCCUGAAAUAUUGCAUAUUAUGAAGAAUAUGUGGCAUAAUGUGAUUUGCAAAAAUUUCACCCAAGCCCUUUCAGAUAAUAGGGCUUCCAGCAUAAAAGUAAAAUUGUUUUAUGAUAGGAAUUUAAUACUUGUCCAUUCAAGAACUGUAAGUAAUUCCUAUGAAAGUCAUGGAUGAGGCAGAGUUUCUAUAGUAUUACUGAUUAUUUUUGCCUAGAAUGGAAUAGCCAAAAACUACCUAUUCCAGACUCAUCACUCUGUAAGCGCUUUCCAUGAAGUCACAUUGAAAAAUAGUGUGUUUAAUCUUCCUUGCUACAGAUGCCUCUGCCUUGAUGGUCUGCAGACAUACUUGAUUAUAUUGUUUUUAAUAUUGGUGUUAUGAAGAAUGUUAUGGAUUACACAACUAAAGCAGUACAGAAACCUUGCUGUACUUUGGAAAGAUAUUGAUAUAGAGAGCUUAAUUGUGUCUUAGUAUAAGAAAGAAAAUUUGCAUUUUAUAGGACGUCACCAGCUAGGCCUACAUACUGUCUGCAAUGUGAUGUAAGAAACCUACUGGUUAAUUUUAUCUUGUAUCAAAGCUCAUAUUUGAAGUGACUACUGUACAUAAAAUUACUUACGAGUCAAUUUGCCUUAAUUACUCAAAACUGGUUUAACACACUGUGCAUCAAUGUGACUAAAGAUUUAGGCAUGUGCUGUUUGUAAUUAGGAUGUAAGGAGUGGUUAAUGUACCAAGAACUCAAUAUGCCAUAUUUUUGGAAUGAUCUCAGACUAUCACCACAGAAGUUCAGUGUUUUCUGGCUUUCAUUUUUGUACCUAUCUGGAAGAGAACAUGGAACCCAGACCCCUUCCCAAAAGAGGUACUUAGAAACUUUGAGUAAAAAGUGUUGGGAAUAUAUAACCAUUUCCUGAAUCCUGUGGCUAUUGUUUUGUUUUAUCCUGCCCUUUGAUGUAAACACUGAAAACUAGGAAUGUCUAUUGUAUCCUCCAGGGAACGCUGACCUGUAAUUGGUCUACUCGAGUUGAUUCCUAGAAUACGGCUGUGAAACUGUUAGUUCCACAAUUGUAAAGAAAAACCACUACACAUGUGUCUGGCCUUAGUUCUGUACUGUGUCAUUGGAGUUUGUUGUAAUUUUGUGAUAAUGGAUUUUCCCCAUCAUGACUCCUUAACAUUGUGUCAUUGUCAGGGAUUUUGGGCUUUAUCCUGGGUUGCAGUAAGUUUCAAUUUUCCUUUCCACCGAAACAAAGGAAACUGGCCUUAUUGAAAAUUUCUAAGGCUCAGAAUCUCUGAUUAAGGCCAUAUGUCUGAAAGCAAAUGCAAGAUGUCAUCUCGUGAGUAUUGUAUAUCUCCAAAAUGAUCGGAUGGUAAAUAUCAGCCCAUCAAUAGAGAUAUAAGUAUGUGAGUCAGGCAUUCAGCACUAUGUACUGGCCAAUGUCACAACAACUGUGUACAAGAGAAGUGUUAAUGUGUUAUGUAUCCUUCUAUCUCCAGUGUAUGAAUGGCUACAUUCAGAGAACAAGUUAUUUUAAUAUCUGAGAUUUCUUUGUGGUUUAUCUAUGAUUACACUCAUUUUUGCUACUUUUUCUCUUCUUUCAGUAAUUUAAAAUAAUGUUCCUUUUUUGUCACCUCUUUGGCUUGUCUUCUCCUAUCCCAUAUGAUGAAAGAAAUGCACAACUCAGUUGCCUUUUCUCUCACUGGGCCUUUUUUAAAACUUGCCUCAGGAUGCAGCCACUACCUAUGUCUUUGUACCUGUGGUGUGACAAGUGGUGAUGAACACUACUUGAUGUGAUUGUAAGUUCAUUAUCAGAAGUCACUACACAAAUGUAAACUCAUUGAAAUAAUCAAGUAGGAGAUAACAUGGUAACUUCAGUCUUCUUAUAUGGAUCACUUGUUGUCCAAGCAUUAUAUAUUCUAGUAUGAAAAUAGUCAUUUAAACAGUGGAGUGACUAUUAUUUUCUUAGUGUAUAGAUGCUGAAGGGAAGAUACUUGUGUCAAGAAGACUUAGUAUCCAUGAAGAUCUAACCUAAAGUCAUGAAUGGAGCAGAGCAAAUAAUUAACUUAAGGAAGUUUAGCCAUACUUAAUCUUCCUUAGAUUGAUUGUUGUCUUUGUACUGUCUGUGUUGUUGGUAUGCGGUGAUGUAGAGUCAACAACGCCCUGUAGGUGUAGGUGGCGACCAGUUGUUGUUAGUUAUUGUGAAAACACGACAAAAAUCAUCGCAGAUUUAAAAGGCAGGCUUAAUCAUCAAUAAAGAAUUAUGUUGCGAUA